AAAAAGCCGCGAAAGCAACGAGCACCAAAGCAUUGGUAUUCUUGACUCUUGAGAAGAAUCUUGGAGAAUCUCCGUCAAUGGCGUGGACCCUCCGUCCAUUCACCGUGAUGUGCAUCGUAACCUUGCUGAUGAACGCCGUGAGCUGCAUUCCGAGCAUAGAGUUCGAUUCAAUGCUGGAGAGUCUACGGGAGCGAGGGUACGACCUCUUCUGCAACGCAAUCGUGACCUCUGAUCUGCAAUUCGACAUUUUUGCUUACGAGAAUCAGAGAAGGCAAGAAGAAGAAGAAGAAGAAGAAGGAAACAGCACAAGAACUAACAGCAAUGCGCGCAACACCUUCACGUUUUUCGCGCCAACCGAUGCUUCCCUUUUUGCCCUCGAUAUGACGCAAACGGCGUCGUCUUACACAGAUACACUCCGAUUCCACGUCGUACCUCGCCGCCUCUCCGUUACCGAGCUCCGCCGCCUCCCUGAGGGCUACGGCCUCCCUACUCUCCUCUCCAAGCGCCGCCUCGAGGUCACCCGCAGCCCCGCCUAUGCCUUCGGCAUCUCCGUCGGCGGCGUUGAGAUCGCCUUCCCCGGCCUCUUUUACGGCCGAUACGUCGCUGUUCACGGCCUCUCCGGGAUCCUAAGCCUCCGAUCGAACGCUGUCUCUGGUGUUUCCUCUGUUCCCCCUUCUCCGCCGCCGGUGGUACCUCCUUCUCAGGAACGGGGGCCCGUGGGGGUUCCUCCGGUUGCUUCCGCCGGUCGCCGGUGGAGAAAUAAUCCUAACAGGCCGGACAAAAGAACGUUUCUUGCUCCUAAUUCUCCUCCUGCGCGUCCGGUGCCGAAGGGGAUUUCGUUCAACGUCACGGACCAGCGGCGACAUCAUCCUCCGGUUGAAGUUCCAGCGCCUGCACCCAACGCCGUCAGUAGGCGAGCUCCUCCGCCUACUUCUCCAGUAACGGGAAGGAUUAAUGCUCCACUUCCCGGACCUGCAGCUGAUUCUCCUACGAGUCUUGAUAUUGCUCCCGUCAUGACGCCGGUGGUUGCGACUCCGAUAUAUCCCCCGGAAGGGUUUUCAGACGCGCCGAUUGAAGAGAAACCUAGUGUUUCGGUUACGGAAAGUUGGGGUGGUGAAUUGGAAGGAGUAGUAGAAAUGCCGAAGAAUACGUUAUUAGACGAAAACAUCACCAGAAAUUGUGAUCUAGAAGGGAGUGGUCCCAUGGAUAAUGCUGAUCAGCCUCGCAUCAUGCAGUGUUACGCUUCCUAGAAUCUUGCACAGAGUGAGUGACCUUCCAUGCAACUUUUGUGUUUCUUCUCUCUGUUUCUUUGUUUC